CUUGAACCCGUUAAAUUCAAAAAACCGUUGGUCAUCAAGCAACUGAAGUCAAGAGGAAGAAAAUGCAAGUCUCUCUCUCUACUUCCCUUCACUCUCCUUCUUCACACGCGCAAACCCUUCUCUCCAACUUCAACUCCCCUUUAGAACUAAAGCAAGCUCAUGCCCAUCUCAUCAAAACCAACACUCCUCACUCUUCCCUCUCUGUCUCUCGUAUUGCUUCCGUUUGUGCUCUUUCCUCUGACUUCUCUUACGCCCAUCAACUUUUAGCCCAAUUCCCAGACCCCCAAACUGCCAUUUGGAACUCUUGCUUGAGAACUUUAGCUGAAAGUGACUCCCCUUCUGAUGCAAUCCUCUUGUUCCGUCGUUUACGGGAAUUCGAUGUUCUCCCUGAUAGUUUCACCUGUGCUUUCGUUCUUAAAGCCUGCACGGCUCUGUUGGAUGAUAAAAAUGGUAAAAUUGUUCACGGGUUUGUUGAGAAACUUGGGUUUAAAUGGAACUUGGUUUUGCAAAACAUGAUCUUGAAUUUCUAUGGAUUGUGUGGAGAAAUGGCUACAGCUCGGCUGUUGUUUGAUAAUAUGCCCCAGCGGGAUGUUGUGAGUUGGAAUGUUAUGAUUACCUAUUUGGUUAAAAUUGGAGACUUUGAGGGUGCUUAUGGGUUCUUUUCGCGUAUGCCUGAGAGAAAUGUGAGGUCUUGGACAAUGAUGAUUUCGGGGUGUGUUCAUAGCGGGAAGCCCAAGGAAGGGGUUGAGCUGUUUAUGGAGAUGCAGAAGAUAGGAGUGGAGGCUAAUGAGGUCACUGUAGUGGCUGUUCUUGCAGCUUGUGCUGAUUUGGGCGCACUCGACUUUGGGAAGAGGGUUCAUGAAUACUCGAAAAGAAGCAGAUUUGGGAAGAAUGUUAGAGUUUUGAAUACUUUGAUUGAUAUGUAUGUGAAAUGUGGUUGCUUGGAAGAAGCAAGGAGGGUUUUCAAUGAGAUGGAGGAACGAACUGUUGUGUCGUGGUCCACUAUGAUACAAGGGCUUGCAAUGCAUGGACAAGCUCAGGAAGCUGUAAGGGUGUUCUCGAUGAUGAUUGAGAUGGGGGUGAUGCCUAAUGGGGUAACAUUUAUUGGACUCUUGCAUGCGUGUAGUCACAUGGGGUUGGUUGAUGAAGGUCGUCGAUUUUUCUCUGGCAUGACUAGAGACUAUGGUAUUAUUCCUGAAAUUGAGCAUUAUGGUUGCAUGGUUCAUCUUUUUAGCCGAGCAGGGCUCCUCCAAGAAGCCCAUGAAUUUAUAAUGAACAUGCCUAUAAAACCAAAUGGGGUUGUAUGGGGAGCUCUACUUGGUGGAUGCAAGGUACACAAAAACAUUAAGCUAGCUGAGGAAGCUACCAGACAUCUUGCUCAGCUGGAUCCUCUUAAUGAUGGAUACUAUGUUGUUUUAUCUAAUAUUUACGCAGAAGCAGAAAGAUGGGAAGAUGUGGCAAGAGUAAGGAAGCUAAUGAAAAAUCGAGGUGUAAAGAAGACACCUGGUUGUAGUUCCAUUGUCGUUGAUGGAGUGAUUCAUGAAUUUGUUGCUGGGGAUGAUACCCAUUCUCAAGCAGAUGAAAUAUUUGGAAUGUGGGAGAAACUUCUAGGUCAUAUGAAGCUAAGAGGAUACGUACCUGACACAUCAGUUGUCCUAUUGGACAUGGAAGAGAAAGAGAAGGAGAAGUUUCUAUAUCGCCAUAGUGAGAAAUUAGCACUGUGUUUUGGACUGAUAAACACACCGCCUGGAGUGGUGAUCAGGAUAAUGAAGAAUCUCCGCGUUUGUGAGGAUUGUCAUGCCACGUUCAAAUUGAUCUCAGCAAUUGCUAACCGGGAAAUAGUUGUGCGUGACCGUAACCGGUUCCAUCGUUUCAAAGAUGGCGCUUGCUCUUGCCAAGAUUAUUGGUAAUGAGUUGAGACCAUUAUUAUGUGCCCUUUUGAUUUGUUCCUUUUUCAUUUUUUUUGUAGCUCAGAAAACAAAUUAUGCACUUCUAUUUGUGUAUUUCAAAGAUCCAAUUGGGUUGUUGAGAUUGAAAUUGUCACCAAUUAUGUAUCAAAAGAAAUAUGUCAAUAUCUUCCU